AGUGGCAGUUGGUUGGAACUAGCCGGGCCAAGUGCUCAGGCCGGGUCUGGGGAAAGAGCGAGAACUCGUGGGAGAUAUGGAGGACUUAAACUCUAACGUGAAGGCUGACCAGGAGGUACGCAAGCUGCAGGCGCUGGUGAAGAAGCUUGAGAAGCAGAAUGAGCAGCUUCGCUCACGCUCCACAAUCACCCCCGGGUCCCCUGGAACCCCAACUUUUCCCGGAGCCCCUAUACAGCAUAACCGACAGCAGCCUUCCCCGCACCCCGCCUCGCUUCUCUUUCUUGGAGCCGAGGAACGUAUGAUGAGCACGAGCCCUGUGCAGCACGAUCGGGGCGGGGGAGGUGGGGAUGUAGCCGUCUGGGAAGACCUGAUGGAAGAAAUAAACGAGGAGAGGAGGAAGGACAGUAACAGUGGCCUCUUGCUGGACAAGGUGGUGCUUCUCCGGGUGGAGGACAUGGACAGGCUGGUGGCUUUUGAGGAGGAAGAAAGCUGGUUGUAUACGUCGCCAAAGAAAAAAUUAACUCCUUCGCAAAAGUCCUUAAGUCCAUUGGUCUGGUGUCGACAGGUUUUUGACAGUCCAAGUCCUGAUCUGGAAUCUGCAAAAAAGUCAAUCAAUCAUAGGCUUGAACAGACUAUGUCAGCCAGCAAGAGACAAAGCAUGUACAGUAUCCCUUAUAAUUCCGUCAGCUACUCUAGUCCCUAUAGUCCAAACCUAAGUGGAAGCCCAUACAGCAGUGGAUUAAAUUCUCCCUCCUCUACCCAUGCGAGACCUCCAGUAGUGAGGCAGCUUGUACUGCCUAGCAACGCAGGACACUAUAAAAGCAAUGCAGAUAGAAACCCACCUCCAGUUAGCCCUCAGUCCUCCAUAGACAGUGAGCUGAGCACUUCAGAAAUGGAUGAAGACUCUGUGGGAUCAAAUUACAAGCUAAAUGAUGUCACUGAUGUCCAGAUUUUAGCUCGUAUGCAAGAAGAAAGUCUUCGACAGGAGUAUGCAGCAUCUGCUUCACGACGUAGCUCAGGCUCAUCCUGCAAUUCCAUGAGGCGUGGGACAUAUAGUGAUCAGGAACUUGAUUCUCAUAGCUUAGAAGAUGAAGAGGAAGCAGUUCCUCAUACAAUGCACUUGUCUGUGAACAGGUUUUCCCCCUCUCCACGCCACUCGCCAAGACCUUCCCCUAGACAUUCACCACGAAACUCCCCACGAUCAAGAUCUCCAGCCCGAAGUCUGGAUUACAGAGGAUCUUCUCCCCAGCCUAUGAUCAGUCGUUUGCAACAACCUCGCCUUUCACUUCAGGGUCACACAACAGAUCUGCAGACAAACGUGGUGAAAAAUGAAGAGAAACUGCGACGUAGUCUUCCAAAUCUCACCAGGGCAACUGGUAUUCAAACAGCAGAGGCUGUGAAAAACAGCAGAAGUUGUGAUUCAAACUUACAGAUGCCAAAUGGAUCAGCAUCUCGUGCACCUGUUACUUCCACCGCAUCAAAAAAGCAAAUAAGUUUACCACGUACCUCCCAGAAAGCAAAACGGGUUGUACCACCUUCAGUCCCUAAACAAGUACCUUCUCCAUGUAAGAUCCGCCCUCCUGCAGCACCAUCUCCGUUAGCAUUGCGUCAGCCGAUGAAAGCUUUAACAAAUCAUGCCCCACAGACUGUCCAGGAAGCAAAUGCGAUUACAGCCGGACCUCCUGCAAGUCAGCCACCUGGCUCUGCCAGCCCUAUAAACAAAUCUGGGUCAGGAUCGAGAAGUGGUUUACCUAGACCUAGUACACCUUCUGGUGGAAGUAUACCAGUGCCUCGCAGUAAACUUGCACAGCCUGUACGUAGAUCGUUGCCAGCCCCAAAAACCUAUGGUAAUAUGAAAGAUGACAGCUGGAAAGAAGGUUGUUACUGAACUGCAAAAUCCAUGCAGUGCAACUUGAUGGACACCACAUCUUCCCCUCAGAGGAUGUCAGAAGAAUCUACUCAUAUGGAACUAUAGGGGAUUUUGCAAACGGAUCCCAUAGUACUCUGUCCAAAUCUAGCACAAGUGGCAGAGGCUACAAAACAGGAGCACUUUAUUGACACCACCAGAAAUUCUAUCAUCAUGCCAUUAAUUUCAAGGAAUCGCAAUCCUCUAUUUUUUUAUAUUUUUCUUUUCUAAUAAUAAUUUAUUUUACUUGUUGGGUCGUGAAAGCCACUGCAGCAUGGUUUAACCUAUUUGAUAAGGAGGGAAUAGGAAAAUGCAUUACUGUACAAAUUUGUUGUGAAAUGCCUAGUAUAAGGGAAACUAUUUUGUCUCCAAUAUAGACUCUACAUAACCUUAUAUAUAUUUUAUAAAGAUUUCUGUGAAAUAUGCAAUCAAUUAGUGCUACUGGAAACUGUAGCCAAAAAAACAUAUCUUAAUGGCGUUCUGGUCACACACCUUGAUGGGUCUGUAAAUAGCAAAGGAAACGUUUGGAGAAAUCUGAAAAUGUAAAACAUGCUUGUGAGGAAAAUAUUUAAUAUAUGAAAUUUACUAGAGCCUCAAUUGGAAACAUGGCAGUGUCCCUUUAAUGCCAAAGAAAAAGCUCUCUGUAUAUUUAUUUUUAAGGUGUUCAACACAAUUUUGCAGUGAUCUGCAAUUUUUUAAACUGAUUUUUAGAGAAGCUCACUUUUAUGGGUUCCUUUUUUAAUUUAAAUAUGACAUCUAAAUUCUGUAUGAAUUUAGAUUCACGAUAAUCAGCUUUUUCAAUAACACGUAUAUGCCCCUAUACUCUGCUGCGGUGGACAAGAUACUACUUUAUAUCUCAGUACUUUAGGGCUUUUAUCUCAUAGUACAGUAUCAUUGACAUAAAACUCAAAAUUGAAAUGCACAUGAAAUCACUUCUAGUAAAAGUUGUGACUGUUCUGAUUAUAGCUUUUACUUCACAAGUAUCAUAUAUAUAUAUAUAUAUAUAUAUAUAUAUAUAUACCUUGUGCACCCCACCUGCCCAGAGAGCAGAAUUAGUUUGUGCACUUUGAUGAAAAUUGAGUCAUUGCUCAACAUAUGCUGUGUGCGCAGGUCUAGUUUGUAUGAGGGUGAAGCAUAUUUGCAUAUGCUACACAUACAGUAAAAUCUUACACUAUUACUAAAAGCAUUUUUGUUAAUAUAAAUCUAUUACACAAGUGCUUCUGUUCUAAAUGGACAUGCAUAAUGGAUAUAUCAAUUUGGCGUUUUGUGUUUCUUUAAUGUUAGUUACAAACCGUUUAGCACUAUACCCAUUUUUUUAUUUGGAAUUGAGUUGGUUUAAUUUCAAUGCAUUAAGUUAAUUUUUCUACUUUCUAUUUAAUUCUACAUUCUUUCAAAGUUUAUCUGUUUGAUCUAAGUACUGUUCUUGUGUUUGCCAAAGGGCUUGUACAAUCUUUUAAGAAAAGAAAAAAAGCAGCUCCUGGUUGGGGAAGUCGUGUAAUCAAGCGCUAUGUGCAGUGGGAGAUUGGCGCAUCUGAGGAGCUGAAUUACUGCCUAAGCAGUGUGUUGUGCUCAAGGGCAGGAAUUAAGCUGCAGUGGAAGACCCAUCCAUCAGCACAAAUCUAUGCACAUGUAUAAUAGGUAUGGAUGGGAUUUUACUUGCAUUGCCAUGAAACCUUUAUUAACCUCCUAAUUGGUAAGAAUGAGUGAUCGUUUGUGCCUAUAACAGUUAUGUGGAUUAGGUGAAAUCUUCUGCAGAGGGGUUUGUAUCAUUCUGUUCAUUAACAAUUAAUUUUAUUUACAUUCAAAAUGUUACGUUAGCUUUGUAAUUUAAAUUGUAAAUAAUGCUUUCCUCUUGUUCGCCUUUCAGUAUUGGAAUUAUGUACUUUGCCUUACAUAUCCCGUAUAUUGCAUUAUAUAUGCCAGCUUUUAUAUUGUGCUACACCUGUUUACAUACUUAAAGGUUAUUGCACAUUUAAAAUCCCUUUUAUUUAUUUAUUUUGUAAUCUGUACACCAGUCUAUGCAGGCUUAACACACAAUAAGUUAAAAAAAAUAAAAAUUUUUAUAUAUAUAUAUAUAUAUAUAUAUAUAUAUUUUGAAUUUCACUAUAUCAUGCAUCUACCCAGACACAGGCUUUUGUGUAAUAUAGCCCCCCCCCAAUAUGAUUUUAUGUUAACACAUUUUGUACAUUCAGUCAUUUUAGGUAAUUUGAUGCACAUUUAAAGUACUAAGCACUGAGUACGUUUAUUAUUUUGCAGAAGAAAUAGAAAACUGCUUCUGCUCAGGAAUUCCACUGAAGGGCUAUUUAUAUUGCUGAAUAAUAUUACACAGCAUUUCAGGGGGCCAAAUAAUCUUUAAAAUCUGUAUAUACUUAAUGCUCAAACACCAUGUUUAAAAAUGUCUGUACUAAGUUUGUUUUGAUUAGGCCACUGUAUGCCCUAGAAAUGAGCUAGCGUCACCAGAGGCCUCCGUUUCCUUCGGUAGGACAAAUAGUAAAUAUGAAAACUAAGCACUGUAUAAGCAGAAACAAUAGCUAUGUUGCAUAAUUAUUUUCCUUUUAGUUGAAAGAUGUUUUGGCUUUGGAAUGCCUUAGCUACAGCCUGGGGCUAUCACUUUAAAGAUGUGUAAAGACCUGUAAAGAAGGAAAAGCUAGUUCUUGAUGCAAAUGAAUAUUCAUAUGACCCAUAUAUGCUCAUCUGUCCAGUGUAUAAAAUGUUUUCUUUCAUGUAAUUAGCAAGAGUCCAUGAGCUAGUGACGUAUGGGAUAUACAUUCCUACCAGG